AUGUAUCAUCAUCAUCAUCCUGUGUAUGAUUACACUAACGGAAACCGUCAUCUACCAUCCCCACCAUCCUCGAUCCAUGAACAACCCUACCCGCACCAUCACCUCCACCCGCAUUAUUAUCAACAACAGCAAGAGCAGCAAAAGCAACAACAACAGCAGAAAGUAUUUUCGUUCGUGUCACUCCCAGGCGUCAAUCAAAAAAAACGACCACGCCGCAAGUACCAUGAAAUCGAACGAUUGUAUCACUGUAACUUUUCAAACUGUACCAAAGCCUAUGGCACUCUGAACCAUUUAAACGCACAUGUUUCGAUGCAACAGCAUGGCCCCAAACGUCAUCCUUCUGAAUUUAAAGACUUGCGCAAAAUGUGGCGGAAGCAAAAGCGUGAAGCGACGAAAGCGGUAAAUGAGCAGCUACAACACCAGCAACCGCACUAUUUUUUAAAUUAA